AUGUCCGCAGCACCGCAAUCCGGCAGCGCGCCAACCACCAACGCUACCUCCUCAGACAAGAACGCCGACCCAGCGAAGGAUACAAAGCCUGCCGCUGCACUUGAGGAGGACGACGAGUUUGAGGACUUCCCAGUGGAGAAUUGGACACAAGACGAUACAGAGGUACCUGGAGAUAACACGCAUCUGUGGGAGGAAAGUUGGGAUGAUGAUGAUACGAGUGAGGAUUUCUCGGCGCAGCUGAAAGAGGAGCUUAAGAAAGUUGAGGCGAGCAAGAAGCGUUGA